UAGCUGGUUUAGCCCCUUGGGGUUUACUUUCAAAACAUCGUCUACAAAAGACAAAUUGUCAAAAAGUCGGGAAAAAUGAACGUCGUGGAAGAUACAAUCGCGAUUACCCUUUCAGUGAUAAUUUUUUUUGCCGGUGGAUGGGUUUUUUUUAUGAAACAACUCUUCAGGGACUAUGAAGUUCAUCACCAUACCGUUCAAUUAAUAUUUUCAGUAACAUUUGCUCUUUCUUGCAUUAUGUUUGAACUUAUUAUUUUUGAAAUUCUAGGGAUAUUAGAUGCCAGCUAUCGCUUCAUAUGCUGGAAUGUGGUGCUAUACACAAUGCUAGUAUUUGUGAUUGUAAUUAUACCGUUUUAUAUUGGAUACUUUGUGCUCUCAAAUAUUCGUUUUGUCAGGAAAGGUCUUGUCAAAAUUUUGUCCCUGAUAGUUUGGGUUAUCUAUCUAUACCUAUUCUGGAAAGUUGGUGAUCCCUUUCCAGUAAUAAGCAGUUCUAAGAGGAGUCUCCGUUUGCUCUCAAUGGAACAAGGCAUCUCUCGCAUAGGUAUUAUUGGUGUCACAGUAAUGGCCCUUCUUUCUGGCUUUGGUGCUGUGAAUUAUCCAUACACUUCCAUGGCAGUAUUUAUGAGACCAGUUACUCACACUGACAUUCAGAUAGUGGAAAGGAAACUGAUGCAAACUAUGGACAUGAUCGUUGUUAAGAAAAAGCGAAUCGCUCUCAUGGAAAGAGACUCCCGAAGUCAAAAGAAUAGAAACACUAAAGAGACCAGCACUCUCGGAGUUUGGUCUAUGUUGAAAAGUGUAGCUUCUGUUCGAGUCAGUAGUUCCGAAAAUUUAUCGUCUUUAAAAUCUGAAGUUUUAGCUCUAGAAGAGCUUAGUCGUCAACUUUUUGUAGAAGCUGUUGAUCUUCAUACAAUGGAAGACAGGCUAGAGUGGUCUACAACAUGGCAAGGAAAGUACUUUAACUUCCUUGGUUAUUUUUUCUCAAUAUACUGCAUGUGGAAGAUUUUUAUUAGUACUAUUAACAUUGUGUUUGAUCGAGUUGGUCGAGUAGAUCCAGUGACGCGCGGUCUUGAGAUUGCCGUACAUUGGGUUGGAUUGUCGAUCGACUUUAACUUUUGGUCUCAACAUGUUUCUUUUUUGUUGGUCGGAUGCAUUGUCGUUACUUCUAUUAGGGGGUUACUUUUAACCCUAACCAAAUUUUUCUACGCAAUCUCAAGCAGCAAGUCAUCCAACGUCAUUGUUUUACUUCUCGCCCAAAUUAUGGGAAUGUAUUUCGUAUCAUCUGUUUUACUAAUGCGCAUGAACAUGCCUGCCGAGUAUCGUACCAUCAUCACUCAAGUGCUUGGAGAUCUGCAGUUUUCUUUCUAUCAUCGAUGGUUUGACGUUAUCUUUCUUGUCAGUGCUCUGUCAUCUAUUGCUUUUCUUUAUCUCGCUCACAAACAAGCUCCCUCAGCAGACAGUAAACUGAAUAACUAUUAAUUCAAUUCUUGAAAUGAAAACUAAGCCAAACAGGUGAUGCAAUGAAAAUUUUUCUCAGCUUGUUUCUCAUAUUGCUUGAUAUUUAUUUUAUUUGUCGUCGAUUGAGUGCAUGUAAUAUAAAUACUUGUGUCAACAUUUAA